AAAACGAAUCGACGCAAAUAGAAACAUGUCUGGACGCGGAAAGACCGGAGCAGGAAAAGCCAGAGCGAAGGCGAAGACCCGCUCCUCCAGGGCCGGGCUGCAGUUCCCCGUCGGCCGUGUCCACAGGCUGCUCAGGAAGGGCAACUACGCCCAGCGUGUCGGUGCCGGAGCUCCGGUCUACCUGGCGGCGGUGCUCGAGUACCUGACCGCUGAGAUCCUGGAGCUGGCCGGUAACGCGGCCCGCGACAACAAGAAGACCAGGAUCAUCCCCCGUCACCUGCAGCUGGCUGUCCGCAACGACGAGGAGCUCAACAAGCUGCUGGGCGGAGUCACCAUCGCUCAGGGCGGCGUGCUGCCCAACAUCCAGGCGGUGCUGCUGCCCAAGAAGACCGAGAAGCCCGCGAAGAAGUGAAGACCCCCGGGACAACAACCACCAACACAACGGCUCUUUUAAGAGCCACACACUCCGUCUGGAAGAGCUGGUUCCUUUACAAUAGAAACUACUACAUCCUACAUGAUCUGCACGUUCUAUAAUACUGUAUAUAGAUAAUACUAUGUAAUACAAGGGCUUUUAAAUACA